CGAUUUUCUAUCUUGUCCGUUUUAACUGCUAACAGCUGUUCAUAAACAUGAGUGGAAUGAAAGUGUGCCUGUUGUUGGCGGCCAGCGUUUGCUUGGCGUACGCUAGCGACGGCGGGUUCGCUUAUGGCGUUAGCGAUCCCAAAACCGGCGACCAAAAGGACCAACAAGAAGUGAGAAACGGAGACACGGUUAGUGGUUUUUACCGUUUGCUCGACGCCGACGGUUCGGUGCGGGUUGUUCACUACAAAGCCGAUCCGGUUCACGGAUUUUCUGCCGAAGUAAAACGCCAACCGGCGGCCAACGGUGCACUUCCGGCUCUGACCAACUCUUACGGAGCCACGCCAUACUCGGACGCGCCUUCGGUUAAGCUACAACCCGCUCCGGCUAGUGUCCCGUACUCUGGUGCUCCACACUCGAACGUGCUCUCACUGCCACAGGCUCCCGCACCGCUGUCCAAACACACCGGCACACCCGAAGCGCUUGCCAGAUUCGCGAGUAUCCCAUACUCGAACGUGCUUCCACUACCACAGGCUCCCGCACCGCUGUCCAAACUCGUGAGCACACCCGAACCGUCGGCGAGAUUCGCGAGUAUCCCGAACUCGAACGUGCUCUCACUGCCCCCCGCACCCGCACCGCUGUCCAAACAUUCCGUCACACCUGAACCGUCCGUGAAAUCAGCACACCCUUAUGCCUACACAACAUGGCAAUAGGCAAUCAACACUCAAGGCACCAGACCAGGCGGACGCCAGUCAAUAC